AUGAGCUCCAUGUGGUGUUUUAGUUGGAAGACCAACAAGGAAGGGAAGGUAGACAAGUUCAAGGCGCUUCUGGUUGCUAGGGGGUUUUCGCAAAUCCCGAACGUCGAUUUUUUCCAUUCGUCUUCCCCUUGCCCAUCAUCCGCAUCCAUUAAACUUAUGCUUGCGGUAGCAAACGAGAAGGGCAUGAACCUCAAUCACUGGGAUGUGAAGCAGGCGUACACACACGCCACGCUAGACGAGGAGGUUUUUCUGAGGAUUCCCGCUGGGUACGGGGACAAAUCGCAUAAGAUUGUUCAGGCUGAGCGUGCGAUUUAUGGUCUGAAGCAGAGCGGUAGGCAGUGGGGGUACCACGCUGCUGAUACGCUUGUCGAGAACGGGUUCGAGCAGUGCAAGGCGGACCCGUGUGUUUUCCGCAAGAUGGUAGACGAAGUCGUGGUGAUGGUUAUCGUGAUUUACGUGGAUGACAUUUUGGUGGCUGGGUCUGACGAGGAUUGCGAGGAGUUGCUUGCUUCUCUUAACAAGAAGUUCCCCACCAAAAAUCGGGGAGAAUACGAAUGGUUUGACGGGUGUGCCAUCGACAGAGAUGUAGAGCCUGGGACUUUUAAAAUCUCGCAAACCGCGUACAUCGAUAGCAUGGUGAAACGCUUUGAUGUACAAUCGACCUAAAACGGAUGGAGAGGCUAGAGAUAGGGGCU